CACAAAGCUACCUUCCAUUGUGUAUUUCGAGUCAAGGAUGACGCCCCCAAGUACUGGGAAUAGUGAGUCCUUUCCAUGGCAUCUCGGCGUGUACGAUGCCCACUGCCAUCCUACCGACAUCAUGUCCAACGUCUCUAAGAUCCAGGAUAUGAAAGCGCGAUGCCUCACCAUCAUGGCAACACGAGGGGAAGAUCAACAUCUUGUUCUCGGAACAGCAUCCCAGUACGGCAUCAAGUCUAUGGAUCCCAACGAUUGGUCAGAAGCAGAAUGUAUAGUCCCAUGCUUCGGAUGGCAUCCAUGGUUUUCGCAUCAGAUGUACAUCUCAGACGACGAUGACCGGGAACAAGAGACUCUUACCGGCGAAGCGAAGGUUAACCACUAUCAGAAAGUCUUACAACCAUCGAGAGCAGAACUCAGCGAGGAAGAUCUCCGCAUCUUCAACGCAUUACCGGACCCCACACCGUUCUCAGUCUUCCUCUCACAAACACGGAAACAUCUCGAAGAACAUCCAUUCGCACUUGUCGGCGAAGUUGGUCUGGACCGCAGCUUCCGCAUACCAGAAGCCUGGGCACCCGAUCUCUGGGCCACACGCAGCUCUACGCUGACACCGGGAGGCAGAGAAGGGCGGCGCCUGACGCCAUUCCGAUGCCAAGCUGCGCACCAGAAAGAGGUUUUGAAGAGACAACUGCAACUAGCUGCGGAGCUGGGACGGGCCGUCAGCGUGCACGGCGUGCAGGCGCAUGGCCUUGUGUAUGAGUCACUGCACGAGCUUUGGAAAGGGCAUGAAAAGGAAGUUCUCAGCAAACGGGAGAAGAAGAAGCGCGGCCAUGAUGAUGCGACUGUUGAAGCUGAGAUCAACGAUGCUGCAGAUGAAGAGAGCAGUGGGCCAAAGCCGUAUCCGCCCAAGAUCUGUCUGCACUCAUACUCCGGGAGUGUGAGCAACUUCAAGCAGUACCUAAACCCUGCAAUACCGAUCCGAAUCUUCGCGAGCUUUAGUACGGCGAUAAAUUUGGGUGAUGCCCUUAAUGAGGAGACGCCGGCGGGGUUUGAGAACAUGAUCAAGACGGUGCCGGAUGAGAUGCUGCUCGUUGAGAGCGACUUACAUACUGCAGGUGAAGAGAUGGAUCUAAGGCUAGAGGAUAUCGUUAGGAGGAUAUGUAAGAUUAAAGGAUGGGGAUUAGAGGAAGGUGUUAACAUCCUAGGCAAGAAUUGGAAGGCCUUCGUGUUUGGUACGGCGUAGGUUCAAUUCAACAGUCACUGAACUCGGGUCUUCUACAACAGGCAUAUGUGUAUCAAGCAC